GACCCUAACCUAAGAUUCUGUACGGACUCUCUCUUUAUAUCUCUCUCUCUCUCCCCACAUUUUCUUUUUCUUUUUCUUUUUAAUUUGAAUAAAUGGGUCAUUUCAAUUGGCUAAUCUUUCUCAGAUCUCAUGUUCUUUCUUGUAUUAUUAGUGUAUGAUUAUUAUGGGUUUUGGGCUUUAGAGGUUUGAAUCACUGUCACUAUAUUCAUGAUUUGGUUUAUAUUAAUGGGGUUGACUAAUAUAUAAUCGAUGAUAAUAAAGUUGUAAUUAUAACAUAAAUAUGAUCAUGACAGUGUUGAUUCUGAUCCCAUGUUGAUGGUGGGUUGUGUUCUUUUUCCCCCUAAUUUUCUUGGGAAACCCUUUUAGGGUUUAAAGUGAGUUAACUUACUAGUAAUCUACUGAACUAGUUUUUAUGGGUUUUAUUUCUUUUAGAAUAGGGUUCAUUGUUGGGAUGUUAAGGCACAUUCAUGAUUUAUCAUCAUUAAUUGUUGUAUCAUUUGAAUGAUGAGAAAUGGAAAGCUGUGGCUGGGACACCUACCAUCAUUUGGACCAUGUUUGUGUCAACAACCCACCUUUCCUUUGGCGCACAUGGAAGAUUAUGAUGUUUUAGGAAACUAGUCCUCCUAUGUUUGGUAGCAAAAAUGAAGAUGGUAUUUUCUGUAGCUUUUUCAUUUUCAAAGUGAAAACAAUGGAUAUAUUUGCUUUGGAUCAUUUUUAAUUGCUCAGAGCACAGAAAAUAGUGUUUCCAUGUUUUCUAAAAUUCGUCCAUUUUCAAGAAAUGUUUUCAAAAACCAGUUUCUGCUUUCAUUUUUCUGUUUUCAAAAAAUUGAAGACAAAAAAGAGUUCUCCAUUCCUUGAGUGAAGAGGCUUCUUACAUCCCAACUACGUGGGAUAAGCUAUAUGAAUCUUUUUUGGUGAAUGUAGGGUCAGGUCUUCUGCUAAACAGACCUUUUUUGUGCUAAAAAGCAAAGGAUUAGAAUGAAAGAAAAGAGCCUAUGUGUUGGUUCAAAUUUAUGAUUUUAGAAGCCAUGGAGGCACCCUGUUUUCCAAGGACUCAGGCAGGCUUCCUGCAUAGGACACCAAAAUGGAUGAGCUAAUGAGUGGCAAUUCAACAAUUCCCAACCAAAAGAUGAAAGCUUCUGCUAAGAAGACCUUGGAUCCGAUAACAAAUGUAUAUAUCUGGGACAUGGAUGAGACUCUUAUAUUGCUCAAAUCUUUGUUGAAUGGAACAUAUGCAGAAACUUUCAAUGGUCUGAAGGAUGUACAAAAGGGUGUAGAAAUUGGCAAGAUGUGGGAGAAAUACAUUCUUCAAGUGGCUGAUGAUAUUUUCUUUUAUGAACAAAUCGAGAACUAUAAUAAGCCCUUUCUUGAUGCCUUGAGCCAGUAUGAUGAUGGGAAGGAUCUUUCUGAUUAUGAUUUUAACCAUGAUGGCUGUAGUUCUCCAUAUGAUGAUCUCAACAAAAGAAAACUAGCUUACAGGCAUCGUGUUAUAGCCCAUAAAUACAAACAGGGCUUGCAUAACACUUUUGAUCAGGAUAUGAUAAAACUCUGGGAUGAUCUCUAUGAUAUGACAGACAGUUAUACAGAUAAAUGGCUCUCCUCAGCACGGGCCUUCUUGGAGCAGUGCUCAGACGAGAACAAAGAUUCAACUCCUCUUGCUCCUGCCAAUGGGGUUGUUGACUCUAUUGAUGCAAAAUCCCAGAAUGUUAAUGUUUUAGUGACUUCUGGAUCACUGAUACCCAGUCUUGUUAAAUGCUUACUCUUUCGACUGGACAAUCUGAUAACACAUGGAAAUGUUUACAGCUCAUGGGAGGUGGGGAAGCUCCAAUGUUUUUCAUGGAUCAAGGAGCGUUUCAGUGGUCCAAAUGUCCGCUUUUGUGUAAUUGGGGAUGGAUGGGAAGAGUGUGAGGCAGCACAGACUAUGAGAUGGCCAUUUGUUAAGAUUGAUCUACGGCCAGGCAGUUCUCACAGAUUUCCAGGCCUUACGUUGAGGACAGUAGGCCACUAUUUCUCUAUCGUGUAUGGAAUCCCAGAUGCUGAAAAUGAUGAUGAGUAGCCGUACACCAGCUGCAUCAUGUAAGAUGUCAAAACAGGUUUGCAUGAGAUCCUCUUUCAGUCAGUUGGUACUUUGCGCAUAUUUGGGAAUGCACACCUUUGAGCUACUCACACGGAUGUCUUCCAGCAGCAAAUAGCCUCAUGUUUUUGCCUGGACAUGCUAUCCAAAAUUAAUAGGAAGAGCCGAUUGUAAAAAGAGUGAAGACUAACAUAAUAUGAAUGUAUCGGGUUCGGAAUCCCUUGGAACAGUUCAGAUGUGUGGGUAAGGAAACAAUUCAUUUAUGUGUGAACUCAUCUGAGAGCUAGCCCAUCGUUCUCAAGUACUUCAAAUUUCUGUAGAAAUGUUUAAACCUUGUUUUUGGUGUUUGGUUUACAUGUAAAAUUGUAAUAUUACAAGUUUCGGAACUUGAGAUGCUGGCAAGACACAUAUAUGGAGUAUGGGUCAUAAAUGUAAAUAAAUUUUAAGGGUCCCUGCUUCUA